CAUUCACGAACAUCAACAUGAAGAUUGAAGGCCGAACAUUUGUUGUUUCUGGAGGUGCUUCGGGACUGGGCCGAGCGUGUGUGGUGGAUAUUUGCCGGAAUGGAGGGUAUGCGGCUAUUCUGGAUAUGAACGAGGAACUGGCUUCGGAGCUCGUGAAAGAGAUUGGUGGUGACAGGACAAAGUUCUUUGAGACGAAUGUACUGGAGACAGAGAGUAUUGCUGCUGCUGUGACGAGAGCUUUGGAGUGGGUAAAGGAGACCGGAAAGGAAGUUGGCGGGGUCAUUGCAGCUGCAGGCGUCUCGACGCCAGCAAAGAUACUCGACCGCAACCUCAACCCCUUCUCCCUCUCCGACUUCGACUUCGUAAUGAAUGUCAACGUACGAGGAACAAUCGAUCUAAUCCGCCAAGUCCUCCCUCACAUGGCCCGCAGCUCACCCCAAGGACCGGACGGCGAACGAGGUGUAAUAAUAAUGGUUGCUAGCUCUGCUGCUUUUGAUGGGCAGCCUGGGCAGGUAGCCUACGCCGCCUCCAAAGGCGCAAUCCGCUCGCUCACCCUCCCUCUCACCCGCGAUCUUGCUCGACACGGUAUCCGCGUCAUAACAAUCGCUCCAUCCCUGUUCGACUCGAGAAUGACAGCCAUGAUGUCCGAUAAAGUGCGUGCUUCGCUGACAAGAGUUAUGGAAUUUCCUGCACGACCCGGCCAACCUGAAGAAUUCGCUUCCCUCGUGCAGCACGGAAUAGAGAACGUGAUGUUGAACGGCGUAGUGUUGAGGCUGGAUGGCGGGAUGAGGAUGCCGAGUAAGAUGUGAUGCUAUCCUAUCUCUCCUUUGCUAUUCUGCUGUGCUGAGUUAGUAGGGUGGGCGGAAAUUUUCGAGGUGUUCUUGUGCUUACUUGGAUUAGAAGUUGAAGGUACUUGUAUCCUGUUUGUGCCGAGACGGGAGGAUAGUUGGUGUCUUGGUAAGAAACCAAAGAAAAAAGUGACGAUUCUUCUUUUCCACCGUUCAGACUUGCAGAAGCGCACGC